UGUCGCUUCACAUCGGUGGGAAGACUUCCCAUAGAUAGAUUUCCUCACUACCAUUGAUCUCUGGGUACAAAUCCGUGGAAUUCCUCUCCCCUAUGUUUCUGAUGGAACAAUCAGGUUUAUAGCUCAAACUCUAGGUGAAGUCAUCUAUGUGGAUUUUAGUGAUGAAUUCACUACUCAAAUCACCUUUACUAGAGUUCGAGUUCGUUUUGAAAUCACUGCUUGCUUAAGGUUUUUUCGAAGAGUUUGCUUUGAAUCCAGAGAAAGAGCUAUGCUCAGUUUCCAGUAUGAGCAUCUGAGAAGGAUUUGUAGUAACUGUCUUCGCCUUACUCAUCAACGCAGCCACUGCCCUUACAAUAACCCUCCUCCUACUCCAAGGAAUAGUCCUGAAGUCCUUGAUGUGCCUGUUUUCAACAGAAGAAGGUUUAGUGAUGAAGACAGAAGAUCUGACCUUAACUCUCAAUCUCAAAAUUCAGACUACUCUUUCCCUGCUCCAUUACCUCCACCACCAAGGGUUAACUGUCCACCUUUGAACCCGGAUGAGCAAGCAGCUGCCUCUCCUUACUUUCCUGGGUUAAGUUUUGAAGGACUUCGACACUCUGCACAUCUCAGUCCUCAACCUGCACUAUGGAGAAGACGAGUUUCCUCAGGAUCAAACACUUCUCUCACUAAUGAGGAAGCUAGUUCAUCAAGAAUGACAAGGAACUUUGAGGUUGGCGAAUCGUCAAGACGCCCAAGUUCAAGUCUCAACAGUCAAGGUGAUGAUAAGAAUCAAAAGCAUAAGCUUCAAGCUGAAGAAGGAGGAAUUCUGAAGCCUCCUAAGAAACGUUAAUCACUCUUUAAACUUCUGUCAUAACUUUUUGGGUCCCUGUAAUCUGCCAUUACAGGUUUAGUUUAGUUAAGUUAAGUUUGUUUAAGUAGAAUAAGUUUUAGAACAGAUAAUUUCACUUUUUGGGUUCUGUUUUAGAAUAGUGAAGGGAAUACCACUGAUCCCUUUCUUAAUCCUGUUUUAGUUUUUACAGUUAAGCCUUUGUGAACUGUGGCUAUGUUAACUUUUGUAAUGGCUCUGUUUUGGCUUAAUAAAAACUAACACAGUUGUGACAAAAAAAAA